UUGCAGAUUUCGAUCAUUUGACAGAGAAUAUUUUUUUUGCAUCAAUGCAAAGUGGACUUUGAUGUGAGAAAGCAGUACACACACGGCUGUGUGUGUGUGUGUGUGUGUGUGUGUGUGUGUCUUUGACAUCGGGACAGUAUUCUUGGCUAGCUCGCUAGCAGGCAGGGCUAGCUGCUGCAUAUUCCAGUGAAGCAGGCGACUUAAAGCGAGAACUUGUUCUUGAAAUAACAAGAAAAUAAUCCCGUUUCCAUGGACAACACGUCCAUCAUUACCCAGGUAGCAAAUCCAAAGGAGGAGGAAAUCAUUUCUUCGAGUCAAGAAAAAGUCUCGCAGUCGAACAGCAGCUUAAAGAAACACAGGAGCAGGAGCAUCUUCAGCCCUUUUUUCUGCUGCUUCCGCAACUACAAUGUGGACCCGCCGCUUCAGAACAACAAGACGUGUUCGCUGCCUCCACCUGCCGAGGAAAACAGUGGCUCUCCUAAGUGUGAUCAGGUCCAGGUCAUCCCUAUCCCAGAUUCUCCAGCCAAAUACCUCCUACCUGAUGUUAGCAUCACGGACUACGGCAAGAACUGCGUGGUGAUCGACCUUGACGAGACCCUGGUACACAGCUCCUUUAAGCCAAUCAGCAAUGCAGAUUUCAUCGUUCCUGUGGAAAUCGAUGGAACAGUCCAUCAGGUCUAUGUGUUGAAGAGACCUCAUGUGGACGAGUUUCUGCAGAAGAUGGGUGAACUGUUCGAAUGUGUGCUCUUCACAGCCAGCUUAGCUAAGUAUGCUGACCCCGUGGCAGAUCUGUUGGAUCAGUGGGGAGUAUUUCGUGCGCGCCUCUUCAGGGAAUCCUGCGUGUUCCACCGAGGGAACUACGUCAAAGACCUCAGCCGGCUGGGCCGACAACUCAGCAAAGUGAUCAUAGUGGACAACUCGCCGGCCUCGUAUAUCUUCCACCCGGAGAACGCUGUCCCGGUGCAAUCAUGGUUUGAUGACAUGACAGACACAGAGCUGCUGGACUUGCUGCCUCUGUUUGAGGGUCUGAGCAGAGAGCAGGAUGUUUACAGUGUGUUACAGAGCCUGAGGGCCAGGUAGCACUGACACACAGUUACAAUACGGAGACUAUAUGGCUCUACCAGACACACUCUCCAGCAUCGCUGGUCAGGCCAAGCUGUCACAUCUAGACAGCGCUAUUGUCUCAAACGGGGGACGACGGAUGGAUCUCAAACACCUACACGGGCAAAUCCUCCGUGUGCAGUCUGAAGUUUAUUGGACCGUAUGCCACCCAGAGACAAUUGCACAGAUAAUAUGUACAUAGCAUAUGUUUCUAAUCAUGCCGCAGAACAAGAAUUUUUGUAAGUUCUGACUAUAUAUAUAUAUAUAUAUAUAUAUAUAUAUAUAUAUAUAUAUAUAUAUAUAUAUAUAUAUAUAUAUAUGUACGAGAAAACAAGGACAAAGACAGAAAUAUGUUACGGAGGGUUUGGAAGAUGCUGUAGCGACUCGGCCCUUCGGCUCAUGCUAUGCAGACGGUCAUUUCUCGAUCAGCAGUCUCCCCAACUGUGAUUUUUCUCUUACCUAAAAUAAAGUGCCUUCUGAACGUUUUUAUGAACGUAUAAGCAACAUUUUUACAUGCUGUGUAUUUCCAGACCUUUAAACAAAUAUUUGCUGUAAACCCGAGUGGAAAGACAAGCCUUUAUUUUAACACUGUUUAUUUCUUUUUCCUUUUUCCCAGUGAUUUCCGCCAGUCUUCAUUGAGCGAAAUGAACUGUGAUUGGAAAAAAGACAGACCUUUCUUUGGUUUUAUUUUUAAAACAAAAAACAAGAAAAGAAAAAGAAAUCCUAUAAGCAUUAUGUCUAUGGGGAAAAUGACUAAUUAGCAUCUAACUGCAGUUUGAGUAAAUGACAUGGAAAUUGUUAAUCAGCAUUCAAAUACAAUACAGUAUGAAGAUUUACGAGCAUUUAUCAGAAUCAAAAUAAAUGUUGCAGUUGAUGUCAGAUAUGACUCAAGGAUUAUUGUCUUUUAAACCCGCCCUAGAGGAAGUAGAAUAUAAAGUUGACAUGUUCUCUGUUGGUAAAUUCUUCAAUCCUAGCAACUAAAACAAGGUUUAUUUAUAUUUACAUAGCUACACUGUAAAACCAGAUAGUUCAUUUACCUCAAAAAAUCUGAGGAAACUAAUUACCUCAAAAUUUUGAAGUUGAUAAACCAAUUUUCUUUAAGUCCAAUACACUUAAAUAUAACAAAAAUUUAACUCAAACGCUGUCAUUUAAAAUAAAUUUUUGUUAUAUUUACGUGUAUUUGGCUUAAAGAAAUUGAUUUAUCAACUUAAAAUUUUUGAGGUAAUUAGUUUCCUCAAAUUUUUUGAGUUAAAGGCACUUAUCCGGUUUUACAGAUGUACAUUUAUAGCUACAUACACUUGUUGUUGAACAUACAUGAAAAAGUUACCGUUAUCACAUCAGUCAUUCCCAUGUAUUAAAUUGGCUUGAAAAUUGCUACUUAUCAUGUCAAGUCCUCUGUCCUGAAGACUUUCCUGUGGUGAAAAGUCUGUGAUAUAAAGCGUUGACACUGGAGACUCCUUCCAUAAAUGUAAAAAAAAAAAAAAAUGUAAUGUUAAAAAAUCCAACUGAUUAGAGAAAACAUCACCACAUCAACAAUUAUACGUUUUCCCCUUGUUAAAUAACAACACGUUUAAAAAAAAAUUGUUUAUUAUUAUUUUUAGUAGCACGUGAUCAUGCUCAACUGACAUGAUAGAAUAAAACUAUUGUUUCCCA